GUAUGGGUGAGAGAGGAACAGUGAGAGGGUAUGGGUGAGAGAGGAACAGUGAGAGAGGUGAGAGAGGGUAUGGGUGAGAGGGGAAUAGUGGGAAAGAAGUAGCAGCAAUUCAAACGCCACAUCCUCCAGGGAAAUAAGAUGGAAAUAAGAUGGAAAUGGGUUUUGCCCCAUCCUUUGAGAGCAGAGGUAACAGCCACAGACCUAAGACUUCUUUCCAAGUAUCCACAUAAUGAGGCACAA